AUCUCCAGCGUCGGAUGGAAGUAUCUUUACCACUGCUGUCUUGAUAAUAUUUUGUUAUAAAAACCACAUACAAGGAAGUGCAACUCGAACUCUGAACCAACAUACGGGAAACACAGUGUAAGUUUAAACACAAAAGUGUUUCUGCCUCCCAAAUCGCUAUAAUUGCUGCUGAGUUCGUGUGAAAACGCCAUAUUUUGUCAUAUUCUACCUACUUUCCACUCUCUUUCUUUGGAUUCUGCCAUCGUCGCUGAUUCCAUUAUAUCAACAGAACGUAUAGGCGCACAGCGACUUACCGAAACUAUUGCCGCCAUCUCGCUUGCAACGUAAUUGCGAUGCCGCUGCAAACCACCCAUCCACACACGCACACACAUCGCUUUGCAUUCUCUUGAUGCCUCUGCCGGGCUAUCGCCACAAACACCGUAUUGCGCGCUGUACUGAAGAUUCUGCGCUGGAUCCAUUGACUUAGCAGGCACUUUCCUAACCGCACAACUAUCUCCAACCACUCUUUUCCGAUCCACCAGUGAAAAUCCUAGGACCCUUAGUAUCGUUGAGCAAACUUUUUUUACGUACUUAAAGCUUUUGCGGCUUUUCAGCAAGUUGCUCUGUAAGUACGGGCGGUGCGACUUGCUGCUGUUUACUUCAUGCACUAUAUUAUUAUUGCCUACUAUGGAAACAAACUUCCAAAAGAGCAUUAUCAAAUGCAUUAUUGCGUCCUGCAAUAGUCCAAAUGAUUCCCCUAUUAGAUUAUUUCAAUUUCCUUCGGAUCAAUUUACGUAUGACCAAUGGAUUGAGUCUUGUGAUUUGGAAAGAAACAUGGUCAAAAGUACUGCAAGAGUUUGCGAACGACAUUUUGAUGCCGAUUGUUUCGGAAAGGUUGGAUUAAAGCCCGGAUCAGUUCCAACAUUAAACCUUUCCCUGCUGACACCAUUGAAUGCAGAUAUUUUUGUAAAAAACACCAAUGAUCACCUACCCUCCUUAACAUGGCAAACGUCUUCAUCAAUGUCAACCGUGAACAUGAACCAAAGCUGCUUAGCUACAGACAGUCCAACAUCAACAUCGAGAACAUUCUCAGACCAUCCAGUUGACAAGAGACCAAUAGAAAAUGAAAUAGCCGGUGUGGACAAUAAUCAUAAAAUAUCGAAAGAAUUAGUGCAAGAGUCCGAAACAGAAAGUGGUAGAUCUAUUGAUUUCGUUUUUUGUAAGCUACUGACCGAAACGGAAACAAUGAAAAAGUUGUCUGCUACAAAAAAAGACCACCGAAUUGCCGGAGCCAAAUGCAUUAUUGGGUCCUGCGGACGUGGAUAUAGAAAUAGUUCGAAAGAAUCCCCUGUUACAUUAUUCAGAUUUCCGACGGAUCCAGUGUUAUUUGACAAAUGGAUUGAGUCUUGUCAAUUGGAUAGAAACAUGAUCAGAAAAACUUCACGAGUUUGCGCACGGCAUUUUGAGCCCAGAUGUAUUGGAAAUCUUCGAUUAAAGCCCGGAACGGUUCCAACAUUAAUCCAUUCCAUUCUGAAACCAUUGGAUGCUUGUAUUUCUGGUAAAAACAACAAUGAUGAUGACCUACCGCCCUUACUAUGGAAAACAUCGCCAUUAAGGUCCACCUUGAACAUGAACCCAAGCUGCUUAGUUACAGACAGUCCUAGAUCAUCGGUGACAUCGACAAACCCAUUCUCAGAAAAUAAUGUAGAAAACAAACCAAUAGAAAAUCGGAUGACAUCAAAGGGAAUCAAAGUGGCCGAUGAGGACAAUAAUAAUGAACGAAUAAUAUCGAUCGAUUUUGAGCAAGAGGCCCAAACAGAAACAGCUGAUGAUGAUCCAUUACAAAUUAAUAAAUGUGAUGACAAUGUGUUGUCAGGGAAUAAUGUAGACAAAAAUGGAACAGAAAACCGAAUGAAAAUAACUUUAGUCAAACUUGCCGAUUUACAGUAUAAAAAAUCAAACGAUCUAGAGAAAGAGUCCGAAACAGACACGUCUGAAGGAAAUGGAUUGAAUAAUAAUAAUAAUGAAUCGAAUGAUAAAGAAAUCAGCGAAGAUGGAAAAAAUAUAGAUGCGCAUGCCAGCCGAAAAGACAUGCGGAGAUCCGGUCUCAAGUGCCUUAUAUCUUCUUGUGGUUGUGGAUAUAGAAAUACUUCGAAAGAAUCCUCUAUUCGAUUAUUCAGUUUUCCAAAGAAUAAAUUCUUCUUCGAUAAAUGGGCUGAGGUUUGUAAUAUUGACAAAAAUGUAUAUAAACCUAAAGCACGGGUUUGCGAGCGGCAUUUUGAGGCCAAGUUUUUUGGAAAGCGUAAAUUAAAAGCUAAUGCAAUACCAACAUUAAACAUUAACCCAUCGAACUCUGGCACUUGUGAUGAGAAUUUAUUUUCAGGAAAUUCAGCUACCAAUAAACAAACAGAAAAUAGUUUGAACGCAAAAAGAGUAAAACAAGCCCAUGUGGAUAAUAAUAAGGAAAUAUCGAACGAAUUAGAGAAAGAUUCCGACACAGAUACCUCUGAUGUAGAUCCAUUUGAAUGUAGUGAAUCGAAUGAUAUUGAAAUUUGCGAAGCUGAAGACAAAAACGAGUCGUCUGCUAAUCAUGAACACAAGCAAAAAUCCAAUGGAAAAUGCAUUAUAGCCUCCUGCCGUUUUGGAAAUAUAGAGAGCUCGACCGAUUUUCCUGUCAGGUUAUUCUCUUUUCCAUCGUAUCUAUUAUUCUUCAAUAAGUGGGUUGAGGCGUGUAAUUUGGAUAGAAUGAUUGUGAAAAGAACUUCACUAAUUUGCGAACGUCAUUUUGAGGCCCAGUGGUUAGGGAAGCAUGGAUUGAACAAUGAAGCAAUUCCAACAUUGAACUUGUCUGAUCAUUCCGUAUUGACUCCAUUGAAUGCAAGAACUUGUGAUGAGAAUUCAUUUUUAAGACAUUCGUUAGAUAAAAAAUCAAUAGAAAACAGUUUGAAAUCAAAUAAUCAUAAAAAUAAUGAUAAUAAUACAAAACCUGCAGUAACGCCCGAUAAAGAUACAUUAGAAAAUACUGAAUAUAUUGACAUAGAACGAUGUAGUAAUUGCAUAGAAAAAGAGGAACAAUAUAACAAAGGGAAGAUACGAUAUAAUAACUUAAGAAAGGUUAUAGCUCGCGCCAAACGUCAACCCGUACGCAAACCCAAUUUUCUUCACUUAAUAGCAAAUAUGUCUCAUGUGUCUCCGGAGGCAAAAGCCAUAUGUACAAUGCUUUUAAAAAGGUCAAAUAAAUUUACCCCCACUCAGAAAGUAAUUGCGCAAAAUAUAAGGUUUUACUCGUCAAGUACAUAUAAAUAUCUCCGAAAUGUUUUACAUUUAAAUAUGCCAUCAGAACGCUGUUUAGAUCGAUGGGCUGUGCGUUUCGGAUCAGGUUUUUCUCCUGAUUUACGCGACACUCAUUCCUGCAAAAAGGUUCCAUAACAAACUAAGCCCCAUGCCUUGUUCUCCUGAAAUCUCCUUAUCCCUGACUUUCUACGGAUUUCAUAGGGAACAAUUAUAAAUGACCUACCAGAGGUAGUUAUUAAAUAAUUUAAAACCAACCGAAAAUAAGCGAAAAACAUUACGGCAGUAAGAUUAUUAGUAAGAUUUCGUAAGUUUUCUUUAAAUUUACUAUAACCUAUUCACGAAGGGUUUUUUAUUUUCAUAUUUUAGCACGUUUUUAAUUGAUUUUCCUGUGUUUUAAAUCGACCGUUAAUAAUAAUAAUAAAAGAAUAAAUAAAAAAGCAGGUUAAACCAAAAAAAAAAGUUUAUUUUUCACUUCUAGUUACUAGACCUGCUAGUCCUUUCCUCAGAUUUGAAU